UAACUCUGCCUCGUCUGUGUCUGGACUCUGCUCUGUCUGCCUGUGCUAUGUGAGCUGGAGCCAGACUGUCUUACACGCUGAAACUAUGGACCAAAGCUUGGUGAUCGCGGUGGUGGUGGCUGUUUUUGUGCUGGCAGGGACGGUGCUCUACUUUCUCCCCCGAGGCUCUGGAGGAGGGAAGAAGAAGAAGAAUGUGCCCGUCACUCUGCAGGAUCCCACGGUCAAAUACCCUCUCCAACUCACAGAGAAACAAGAAAUCAGCCAUGACACAAAGAAGUUUCGCUUUGGCCUUCCUUCUCAAAAUCAUGUGCUUGGACUGCCCAUAGGUCAGCAUGUGUACCUGUCAGCCAAGGUGAAUGGCAGUCUUGUGGUCAGAGCCUACACUCCCGUCUCCAGUGAUGAGGAUCAGGGAUUUGUUGAUCUUGUGGUUAAGGUAUAUUACAAGAACUGCCACCCUUCGUUCCCAGAUGGAGGGAAGAUGUCUCAGUACCUGGACAACAUGGCUAUAGGAGACUCCAUUGACUUCAGAGGACCCAAUGGACUGCUAGUCUAUAAGGGGAACGGUAAAUUUUCCAUCCGACCUGACAAGAAGUCAGAGCCAAAGGUUCGGACGUUCAGACAUGUUGGAAUGAUCGCUGGUGGAACAGGUAUCACUCCUAUGCUGCAGCUGAUUCGCAGCAUCACAGCCGACCCCAAUGACAACACAAAGUGCUCGCUCAUAUUUGCCAACCAGACUGAGAAGGACAUCCUACUGCGAGAGGAGCUGGAGGAGGUGAAGAGGAAUCAUCCUGAUAAACUCAAGCUCUGGUUCACACUGGACAAACCUCCACAGGACUGGCGCUACAGUUCAGGGUUCGUGACCUACGACAUGAUCAAAGCCCACCUCCCUCCUGCGUCCAGCGAUGUCCUUGUUGUCCUGUGUGGUCCUCCGCCCAUGAUCCAGCAUGCCUGUCUGCCGAAUCUGGACAAGCUGGGAUUCAGAGCAGACAACAUCUUCGCAUACUAAGCAUGGUGGCUAAUUAUGAUCACUCUUAAUCACUCAGGACUGGUGGGAUAUCACACAAAAGAAAUAGAAGGAAUAGAUUCAGCACCGACCAUGUCA